AUGGUUAAGGCUAAGAAAAUCAAGAGUGCAGCAAAAGAAGAUGCGCCGAAGAUCGCUGACAAUAACAAUACGAGUAAGCAAAAGACCGCAGUGAAAAAAGGCAAUUCGAAGAAAGCCGUAAAAAAUACACGCAAGAAGCCUCUCAAAACUGUGAAAAGUGGUGGUGCUUCAUCGGGUCCCAAAUCCAAAAAAGUCGAGUUGUCUCCUGCUAAAACUUUACCGAGUCCGAAACGUAAGCAGAAAUCUCAGGCAAAUGCUGCAACAGAACAGGAAACGAGCAGUGUGAAUGGAACGUGUGAAGCAAUUUACGAAACUCAUCAAGGGAUUCAAACUGAAAGUGACUCUGAUCAAAUCAUUGAUUCUGCAGAUAUGAAAGGAAACGGAUGUCUCAAGAUCAUCACAUGGAAUGUUGCGGGACUUCGUGCGCUCGUUAAGGUGUCGUUCAUUUUUUCCGAUCCUUUCUAA